CUGUCAUUGCGGAACUGACGAUAGUUCACAGUUUAAAUGGCUUGUCAUCUGAUGGAGGACAUUCAUAGGGAGAGUCGCGGGAAUUCGCGGAAUGACUGUCUGAGGGAGUUGUGCAGACCGAAUUUAAGGUGUGGAAGUGCCCGCGGUAACAAAGUCGAAAAAAAAAGAUAACUCCGGGCCAGCUGUUACUGGUGUUACUGGUGUUACUGGUGUUACGGUGAAGAAUAAUUCCAACAGUCUUCUGGCAGAAAAGCCUUUGAAUUGAAUCAACAAAGUCAAGAUGAGGUGCUUGAAACUCUUUGAUCUCCUCAAAGUUGCGAGCAGAAUGCAGCGGGGUGGCAGGUCCAUCGCGUCAUUGGCUUCUCUGCCCGAGACACACCAGAUGCUUCAUAAAACCGUGAGAGACUUCGCUGAGGGUGAGCUGAAGCCAGUAGCCGCAAAGCUGGACAAAGAGCACAAAUACCCCGAAUCACAAAUUAAAAAAAUGGGGGAGCUGGGGCUUAUGGCGAUAGCGGUCCCCGAGUCCCUCGGGGGAACGGGCCUAGACUACCUGGCCUACGCAAUAGCCCUGGAGGAGAUCUCCCGAGGUUGUGCAUCCACCGGAGUGAUAAUGAGUGUCAACAAUUCCCUGUACCUGGGUCCAAUCCAGGCAUUUGGUUCAUCAGAUCAGAAAGAAAAGUACAUUCGUCCAUUUACCGAUGGUUCGAGGGUUGGCUGUUUUGCCCUGAGCGAGCCCGGCAACGGUUCAGACGCCGGGGCGGCCUCAACCACUGCAAAACACGAGGGUGACACCUUCAAAAUCAAUGGAACAAAGUCCUGGAUCACAAACGCCCACGAGGCGGAGGCUAUUGUGCUCUUUGCAACGACUGACAAAUCACAAAAGCACAAGGGAAUCAGCGCUUUCCUCGUGGACUCAGAGACUCAGGGGGUCGAGGUAGGCAAGAAGGAGGACAAAUUGGGGAUCAGAGGCUCCAGUACGUGCUCCCUGAUGUUUGAGGAUGCAGUCAUACCCUCGGGGAACGUCCUGGGAAAGCCUGGGAUGGGCUUCAAGAUAGCCAUGGCGACGCUGGACGGAGGGAGAAUUGGCAUUGCCAGUCAGGCAUUGGGUAUUGCCCAGGCGUCGCUUGAGUGCGCUGUCGAAUAUGCGGGGAAACGCAUCGCCUUCGGCAAUCCAAUCAUAAAACUCCAAGUAAUUCAGCAUAAGAUCGCUGAUAUGGCUCUGAAAAUUGAAUCAGCAAGAUUGUUGACCUGGCGCGCAGCUCACCUCAAGGACAGUGGAAAACCUUACACCAAGGAGGCGGCUAUGGCCAAGCUCGCUGCCUCGGAAGCUGCCACCGCCUGUUCACAUCAGGCCAUUCAGAUUCUGGGGGGCAUGGGGUAUGUCUCGGAUAUGCCGGCUGAACGACACUACAGGGAUGCCAGAAUUACAGAGAUUUAUGAGGGGACUUCGGAAAUUCAGAGACUCGUCAUCGCUAGCAGCAUCGUCAAGGAGUUCAGCUGAUGGAGUGGGAAUCGGGCAUGACAUUGCACUACACUGCCUUUAGAUAAUACCAUCCCGAGCGGGGUAGGCUAAUUAAUGGCGUCAGGUGUCAUAUGCGUUGGUGGAUGAAGGGAUGGCCAACGUAAUAUUGACGACUUACUCAUUUCAUUUGUUUAUUUGUGGGGGAAAUUCAGCUGAAAAAUGAAAAAAAGGCCACAUUCGCCGGAAAAAAUCCUCAAUGUGAUGUCCCAGUUGGGGAUAAAAUGAACGAAUCCAUGACAGCUCAACAGACAUAUACGUCAAGUGAUAAAAACUCGACCUCAUCAGUUCCAAUCUAUUUCAGUCGCAUCUCCACUGAAUCCGGAAUAUCCAUGACUUUCUCGAGUGCAACGUAAACCCCAAUCGAACUGAGUGAUAAAAAUUCAACAGGAUAUCUGACUCAACCUGAAUGUGUUGGCCCAUUAUUUUUAAAACAAAUCAAUAAACCUUUGUACGCUGUAUAUUCUUCGAUUUUAUUAUUCUCACGACCACCUCACGUCUGACAUUAUAGCCUAUAUAAUUAUCUCACUUCUCUCAUUACUCCUCAGCUUAAAUACGUAUACAUACAUAUAUAUAUAAAUAUAUACAUACAUAUUCAUACGCGAGACUCUAGUUUAAUCCAGGUUGAAAUUUAUUUCUCCACUGAAGAUUUAAUUUAUCGUCGGCCCUUUGACAGCGUUAUUUUCAUCGCAUCAUUCUCAAAAUUUCGUUAUUCAAUCAAUCGCUGAAUUUUCUUGUUUACUUUCUCAGAAACAAAUUAUCUAAAUUAUCUAUUCAGAAAAAUCUUGUAAUUUUAGGACAUUGGUAAUAGGAGCAAACCGGCCACAGUGAAAUUCAAUUCUAGAGAAAACGAUCGCCAGUCAUUUAACAAUAUUAAAAGCCAUCUUCCAGAGGGUUCACGUGAUCAAGUUGAUAUUUCUAAUUACACCCAGUUAUUUUUCAAUUCUAAUGAAAACUCAUUUCCGAUAUGUGGAUACUGCAUCUCGGAAUCUGGGCUUCAUCGUAAUCAAAAAACUAUUUUGUCUUUAAUGAGAAAAAGUUAAUGUGGUCAGGUGACUCUGGAGGACUUGAUCAAUAUUUUUGCCCAGUUUUGUCCUACAUUCACUGACCCGAGAGAAUUAAAUCAUUCCUGAACUCCCUGCUCGUCCCUCCAGCUCCCUAAUUGUUUCCCUCAUCGUAAAGAAAGGUUAGUUAAAAUUAUUUAAUCAAUUAACGUCUGUAGUGAAGUGGGAAAACGACCUGAGUCAUUUUCAAAUUUGUAUUCUGAUGAAUAUCUCAAAAAUUGGAACAGAUGUCGGGAUGUCCACCAUUACCUUUUUUGUAGAGAAAAAUGUGACCCACAAAAAAGUCUUUAUGAACAUUGUUUGAUAUUUCGUUGGUUUUGAGAUACUUAUCGAAAAGCUCGGCUGGAAAUGAAUAAACCUAAUCUCUUUUACCACUUCAUUGCAGAAAACCGUACAGCACUGACUUAAUUAAACUGAUUCUACCACCUGGGAAGGUACCUGUUACACGUUUCGUUAUGUUUCCUUUAACUUCCAUUUAUGUUAUUUGUUUCUUUGUGCAAACGACAAUUAAACCGGAUCUAAUGAUCGUGUACAUAUGUGCACUUAAACUAUUGUUUCAUUAUUUAAUGGUCUCCAUCACUUGAUCUAAAACUAAUGUGGUUUGACAUUAGACCGGUUCGACUCUAGGAUCUGAACUAACUCUCUAUUGCUCGAGUCACCAGGACCCUGGGGUGACUAAUUAGUUAUGAAUUAAUUUAUAUCGUAUGUUUUUUUGAGAUCUCUUCGUGCUCUUGGUAGGAGUUAGGCGAGAAAAAAUGUAAUGGAAAAAUGUUGUAUUCUUUGGAAGAAUUCCUGUUGAUGAUCACAAAUUGGAGCACAAGUUUUCUACUUUUGUUUCUGUUGAAUCGUUAUUGAUCUUUUAGGGAUAAAAAUUAAGACAUAAAUUGGAAAGUCAGAGGCUAUAGGAUUCCUCCCUCGAACAAAAUCCAAUAAUAGGAGAAAAUAAUGAAGAAAAUCUCAUAAUUUUGAAAACAAUGGCAACAGAAUUUCGAUAGAAUUCUUGUGAACAAUUUGCCAAUUUUUCCUUUAAACUUUUUCACACGAUAACCCGUUUUGAAUGGUAUCAAGUACUCUCCCGUUCGGAAUGCAAGCGAAGCUAAUCCAAGCGUCAUUUCCAUCCCACUUUGAAUUUCAUUGUAUGCCACAACAAAUUAUGUACAACGACCCGCCGCAACUCUUGCCAUAAUUUUUAACAGCUAGAGCUUGUCAAUGUUUUUACGUUUUUUUUUUUUUUCAUUUUUUCAUCUCAUACUACAUAAUACGUGCGUUCGCUAGUAAGUCACGCAUACGCAAAAUUCUCAUUUACAUUUAUAGAAUAAUACAUUUGUUUUUUUAUAAUCGUUUUCUUGUAUUUUUAUUCACUUUUUAUUUUUAAUGGUAGACUGAGAAA